AGGCAUAUGUUAAGAUGCUUUCAAAUCAAAAGUAUACCAGCUCAUGGUUGAGGCUAUCAUAGUUCAGUUCUCUCAAAUUCACUGGAGCCCUGUCCAUAGCAGUGCUUUCAGAAUUUGAUAUCUAGGUGCGAUCCUUGACUACACUUAAUGGGAAUGUUAAUGAUCAGUUUCAUUGGGAUUACAAUGCUAAUGUAAGAUGACAGCUCAUUUGUUUUCUUAAAGUGGUCUGGCUGAGCCAAUCAGGUUGCAGAUAAUCUUAUUAUACCAGUCAGCCCUCGGAUUACUUUUGAUGAGCUUUUGGAGCUAUCAUGUGUCAUACUUUCCUGCAGGCCAGAGACCGCUUGUGUUUCAGCUGGAUAAGGUCAGAUCUUAAUUUAACUACCAACUGUGUACUUAAUUUUAGAAACGCCACAUGACCUAGCCAUUUGCAAGGCCUAUACUUGCAUGUUUGAAAUUCAGGGCCCAAUGAAACAAUGGCAAGAUUUUGAAAAGCUCAUAAACCCAUGCCAAGAAGAUGGAAGGAAAUGAGGGCACUGAUGAAGAUCAUCUCACUGGCUAUGCUGUUCAGUUUAGCAUCCAGGAGUCCCUUGAAAGUGCAAGGAGCCAGCAAACUUCUUCCCCUGAUCAUGAAGCAAGGUUUCUACCAGUCAGUGAUCAAAACAGAAAGCUUGUAGCUGCUAUAAGAGAAGGUCGAGUAUCUGAGCUUCAAGACUAUGUGAAAUGCAAAUAUGCUUUGGAUGAGGCUGAUGACAGAGGUUGGUUUCCUUUACAUGAAGCUGCUGCUCAGCCAAUUCAGCAGAUACUUGAAGUAAUCUUGGAUGCGUCUUAUAAAGCAAUGUGGGAAUAUAAAACAUGCGAUGGAGAGACACCGUUGACGUUGGCAGCCAAAUCUCGCCAUGCAGGGAAUGUCAGGACACUGUUGGAAAAGGGGGUCUGGCCCAAUACCACUAACCGGAAAGGAGAGACUCCUCUUCUGAUUGCGACAAAACAGGGCUCGUAUGAAAUGGCUUCCAUUCUGAUUGAAUUCAAUUGUACCGUCAAUCAGCCAUGUGUAAAACGUUGGUCGGCAAUGCACGAAGCGGCGAAACAGGGUCGCAAUGACAUCAUUGCUCUGCUGCUGAAGAAUGGUGGCAACGUGCACCUAAAAGAUGGAUUUGGAGUAACUCCUUUAGGUGUAGCUGCUGAAUACGGCCACUGUGAUGUGCUGGAGCAUCUCAUUCAUAAAGGUGGCGAUGUUUAUGCUACAGCUGAUGAUGGCUCAUCGAUAUUGUUUGAAGCAGCUGGAGGUGGCAAUCCAGACUGCAUAACUUUGCUGUUGGAAUAUGGGGGUGACGGUAAUUUGCCUAAUAAGGCAGGGCAGCUCCCUAUACACAGAGCAGCGUACGAGGGGCAUUAUUUGGCCCUGAAAUUCCUAAUUCCCGUGACAUCCCAAACUGCAAUCCGGAAAAGCGGGCAGAGUCCCAUGCACUCGGCGGCAGAUGGCCAAAAUCCACAGUGCCUGGAACUCCUCCUUGAAAAUGGUUUUGAUGUCAACGCCACCCUGGCAGAGCACAUUUCUAAAAGUUACGACGACGAAAGGAAAACGGCCCUUUACUUUGCCGUUUCCAACAACGACAUUCUGUCCACCGAAGUAUUACUGCAAGCUGGCGCAGACCCAAAUAAAGACCCUCUCAACUGCCUCCUCGUGGCCGUGAGAGCUGGCAACCAUGAAAUCGUCAGGUUGCUUCUUUCUUACGGAGCAAACGUCAACUGCUACUUUAACCUUGUGAAUGACACCCAUUUCCCCAGCGCUAUUCAGUACGCCUUGAAUGACGAGGUGAUGCUAAGGCUGCUGCUGAAUCACGGAUACCUUGUGGAUCUGUGUUUUGACUGCAUGCAUGGGGACAUCUUUGGAAAUUCUUUCAUAUGGUCAACUCCGGAGGAAGAGGUGUUACCAGGAUGGACAUCUUGUGUCAUUAAAGAUAAUCCAUUCUGUGACUUUAUCACCGUUCCUUGGAUGAAACAUUUAGUAGGACCCAUCAUUCGUAUUUUGAUAGAUUACAUGGAUUAUGUUCCCCUUUGCACAAAACUUAAGUUUGUCCUGGAGUCCCAGAAAGAAUGGGCAGAGAUCCAGCAGAUAUUAGAGAAUCCUCGCCCGCUAAAGCAUUUGUGCCGCCUGAAAAUACGUAAAUGUAUGGGAUUGGAGGGGACACAGAAGCCGCAGUCCAUGAACAGGCUUCCCGUUCCGCCAGUUCUUAAAGCCUAUAUCCUCUACAAAGAGUAUGAUCUUUAUGGGAGGGACCUAAAUUUGCUGUGAUUUGCAGAAUCCAGACAUUAACACAUUUACUUGGAAGUUAAAUUUGGUGUAACCAUAAGGGUGCCAGAACGGUGAACUAUGGCUUUGGAUCCAGAAGAGACCUUCUGCUUUCUUGCAUGUUGUGUGAGGCAAGUGAAACUAAAUUCAAAUACGUUCUUCAAAAACAUGAGAGCUGCUGUCACGUGUUAAUCCCUAUAGCAGUGUGUGAACUCUUACACAAACUCCACAAACUUAGUUUCACUCGUGGUUCCUUGGCACCAACAUUCCUUCCCUCCCACCCCCCACCCCCCAGUAUUUCUACGAAGCCAUGUAAAUUUGUGCUCUUCCCGUGAUACAAAUAACUGCCUCUCUCAAUACAUAUUGCAGUUAAAUUCUGCAUAUUUUCACAUAUCCAUCCUACAACGCAGUUAUAUUUUC